AGCCGCAAAGAAAACCCACUUUUAAAAACAACAGGACAUUUUCUGACUGGAAAGGACAGCUGGCUAUGGGAAAUCGCCUCCCUUAUUUUCAGCGCCGCCUGCGUGGUCGCAAUGGUGGCUGUUCUGCUCAACACCCAAGGAACUGCUCUCUCCGCGUGGCAUCUAUCAAUAGCGCCGAACACGGUCAUUUCCGUCCUGGCUACAGUCUCAAAGACGAGCCUGCUCCUUCCUGUCACCGAGUCGAUUAGCCAGUUGAAGUGGUUGCAUUUCGAUAAAGUGCAUAGAUUGAACGACCUGGACUUGUACAACAGUGCUAGUCGUGGACCUCUGGGCGCCUUGUUCUUCCUGUUCAGGCUACCUGCGAGCUUGGGGGCGCUGGGUGCAGUUAUAACUAUUGUUGCUCUAGCAUUCGAUCCUUUCGCACAGCAACUGGUAUCCUUCCCAAGUCGCCAGGUGUCCAUUAGCCAGACCGCGUCUUUCAGGACCAGCCAGGUUUAUGAAUCUGGGGCGUCUUUCACCGAACCCACUACCGAAGUUGGUGAGAUAGCACUACAUAUAGGGGCCAUAUUCAGUGGACUUUUCGGGUCCCAGUCGCCGCGCGCGUUCACCUGUCCAACGUCGAGCUGUACCUGGCCCAAUACCACCAGCUUUAUUUCAUUAGGAGCUGUUGGUAAAUGCGAGAAUGUGACCCAGGCGGUCGUGAAUGACUGCAAGCAUGAUGACAACACCUUAGAAAUAUACUGUAAUGUUACCACCCCCGGAGGGUUCCAUCUCACGACGAGAAGGGAACGCCAACCCGCUAGUUUUCGGUAUACCGAGUUGAACGUCACUACGGGAACCACUGCCAGUAGAUCACUGGAAGACUUUACCAGUUUUGCUGCCUGGCGGGCAGUCGGGAUUCAGAAUCUCGAGGAUUUCGAAGUCCUUGAGUGUCGCGUAAGCACUGCUGCUCAUCUCUACAGUAAUAUAACAGUCACAAACAACACGCUGAAUAUCGGAGAUGAGGCCAUGGUGCCUCUCGAACCGGUUGACCCUCAGAAACAAUGGCUGAAUGACCUCAGACCGGCAGCUGGCAGCUUUCCUGCGGAGGUCCUGUUCGCGAUUCAUUCCGCAGAUUUAUCCAAGAUGUGGUACUUGCUAGGUGAAAUCUUCAACGCAGAAGUCAUAAUGCCGAGGGGUAACUCAACUGGACUGACGAGCGACCUUUUGAUGAAAAGAAACCUAUCCGGUAUUGUUGAAGAUAUUGCCUCUGCCAUGACAGAGCGAAUCAGAACCGGGCCAAACAGUACCGUCUCCAACGGGAUGGCCCACGAGUCCGAGACGUAUAUUCAUGUCCGUUGGCCUUGGAUAACACUCCCCGUAUUGGUAGUGAUUGGUGCUGGCACCUUGCUUGCGUUUACUAUUAUGAUCAAUGCUCAGCACCGUGCGGCUUUGUGGAAGUCGUCCAACCUAGCUGUGUUGCUGCAUUCUGUGGACGGAUUGGAGACGCCUGCAUCGUCAAAUGAUACAGCUCUCACUACGAUCGAGGCGCUAGCGGACAAAAUGCGAGUUGUUAAAGGGGGGGAUAUGGAAUUUAUACUAAGAUCCUAG